UCAUAGUGCGCUUGGAUUGGAUGCAAUGUCCGAGCGAGAAAAUCAAUUAUCGACAUAAUUAAGUGUUUGUGGUGUCGAAUUGUUGACGAAUGGGCCUUUUGUGGCCUUCCGGUGGCUUCGUUUGAGCAAAAAGUGAUAAGAACGUGGUGUCGGUGAAAUUUUAUUUGCAAGUUGUCAUGGCGGCUGAAGCGUCAGCCAAUGGGAGCGCGCCGAUCGUCGGUUGUUAGGUGUUCUUUUUCGCUUGUGGGAUACGCGUCAUCCGAAGAAUUAAGUGCGUCCUUCUGGUUAGAGGAAGGAUUUGUUGGUUCGAUUUGGGGCUGAUUUGCGGCAUUUGAUGGCUUGAGCCGAGAUGGGGCUUCAGUGAGUGGUCAAUGGGCGCGUAAAAUGUGUUUAAUGUUGUUUGUCACGUGACGUAGCCGAUUUAGUAUGGCGAAAAGAUCGACUGAACGACCAUGAAUCGUUUCGAGCAACAUUUUUGACAUUCGCAUUUGUAUACAAACGUUUGGGUGAGCUACCACGUGCAUUAUUGACAGUUGCACCUCGCGAUGUCAACCCGAGGCCUAAAGAAGCGGGGGCGGCCCCCCAAAGUCCAAGUCGCCGAAAGAACCAAGAAAUUCCAGUAUCACCUCCUCAAAAAGCCGAAAUAUCUCCUGAAUUACAACAAGGGCUCGGACUCGCAGUCCAGCACGCCCAACGCGUCGCGGGCGUCCUCCCCGCAGGGCAGCGACGCCGGCAGACGCAGCAGCAACCGCAUCAGGGGCAAGGACGGGCACAGAGCGGGCCGCAGGGCCGGCUACUCGGGCUCCAACUACCAGCGCCGGGGGUACAACACGUCCGGGGCGGAGUACCACGACUCCGAGUACCACUACGGCUCCGAUUUCGGCGACGAUUCCAGUGAUAACAAGAGCGAGAUCGAGGAUGAACUCGGACUCAGUGAAAGUGAAUCGGACAACUCGGUCGGGGACCCCAGCAGUGAUAGUGACUUCUCGUUGAGUAGUUAUAGUACGAUGAGCGGCACCCCGAGACGGGCCCUCACGGGGGCCUCGCGCCCCAUCACGCCGGAGCCCCUGUGGCUGCAGAACCGCGACAUACCCCCCUUGACACUCCCCAAGUCAUCCGACGACUUGCUAGUACCUAGAGAACACGUCAUGUCGAUACUUAGUAUUUACGAGGUUUUGAGACACUUCCGCAAUUUAGUGCGGCUGUCGCCGUUUCGGUUUGAGGACUUUUGUGCGGCGAUUAUUUGCGAAGACCAGAGCAGUCUUCUGGCCGAAGUGCACAUUAUGCUGCUCAAAGCGCUGCUGAGGGAAGAGGACUCGCAACAGACACAUUUCGGGCCACUGGACCAGAAAGACAGCGUCAAUAUCUCACUCUAUCUAAUCGACUAUAUUACAUAUCCGGAAGUUUUGCGGAGUUACGUAGAGAGCGACAAAAGUUUCGAUCAGAAAGUUCUGCAAAUUUUGACAAACUCUGAUUAUCCCUUUACCUCUUUGGACGACAGAAUUGCAGUCUUGCAGUUCUUGACAGACCAGUUUUUAACAACUAAUCCCGUCAGAGAGGAUUUGCUGAGCGAAGUUCCCAUGCACUAUGAUGACCAUUGCCGGGUGUGCCACAAACUGGGCGACCUUUUGUGUUGCGAGACUUGCCCAGCGGUGUACCAUCUGGAAUGUGUGGAUCCCCCCUUAGUCAAUGUACCUGAAGAAGAUUGGCAAUGCGGAAUUUGUCGUUCUCAUAAAGUUUCCGGGGUUGUCGACUGUGUUUUAGACGUGGAAAAGCAAGGGCAGCUCUCUAGGCAAGAACAUAUUGGAUACGACAGACACGGACGGAAAUACUUUUUUUUAUGUAGGAGGAUUUUCGUAGAAAAUGACAAUGGAGAGGUGCAUUAUUACACGACCAAGACGCAACUUGAAGAACUCCUCAAAGUGUUGGAUAGUAACGACAUGGAAGCGGCACUUUGUCGCGAAUUGAAUGAGUACAAAGAGGAAAUCGUAAGACAAAUGGAUCUUACAGAAAAAUUAACAAAUCAGUUGAAAGGCAAUAAGAAAACUUAUCUAGAUGCGGAAAAUGCUUUAAUAAUCAAAACAAAUAAGGAAAUUGAGGAUAAACUGGAAGAAGAACGCAAAGAACGAGUGCGCCAGAACGCCGAAGACAUGGUUGCGAAAAUGCACGAAGAGAGUUCAGAUGCGUUUCCGCCACCCGUGUCUGAGGAAACAGUUGAGACGCCUACUGACGCUAACCAGUCCACCACCUCUGUCGAAGAAUCAGAAAAAAAUGAAGCUACCGAAGAUGAAGAUAAAGAUUCAAAUAAGUCACGAACUAGCACUCCGGCUCCAAAAAACGUCAGUUUAGUCGACGAUUUGCGUAAGCGAACAUCUGCAGUUUUAAAUCGAGACGACGAUAAAAACGGCGAUGCGUCUCGAAUGACUCGACUCAAGUCCAGUCAAAUCGCGAACGGAACUUACUUAUUUAAACUCGGGAUGGAAAACACGUUCAAGUCGUACGUCAAUCAAUUCACUACAAACGUUAUAGCUUUAAACAAACCGCAAAGAAAUGAAGAGAGGGAUAAGAAGCGACAUCUCUCGCAUAAAUUCUCUCUAACGCAAGCAUCAGAAUUUAAAUGGGUGGGAGCUCUGAAUGGCAACCGCACGAUUUUGUUAAACACGUUACGACAGACGUUUUUACAACUCGAACAGUCGAUUCAGGCGUCUUUUAUGCACCCGAAUUGGCAACUGUUGCGCAAACACUGGUUGAACAUCGUCGGUGGAUGUCAACAACCGAAAGAUUUCGCGAGAGCUUUGAUCGUACUACAGGCUUGUAUCAAACCCGUGGUGUUCGCGAACGUUUGGCACGAACAACUGGGUCACAUUAAAUUAUCGAGGAUCACUGCUGUCGAACGUGAAGAACGAAAGAAAAUAGAGAAACGCGAAAAGAAGGAACGUGAGGAGGAGGAGGAACGCAACCGGAUGUUGAUUAGUGGUUACGUGAAAUACACGAUGGGGUUCAAGCACCAAUUGUGGAAACAGAAAGGGGAGGAGUAUCGGAUACACGGCCGUUGGGGUUGGUUGUGGUUAUCCACUUCGAGGAAUUUCAAACAUGUCAAUUGCAACGAGAUGGGUUUAGCGGCAGGGCCUCUGAAAUAUAUGGUGCAACUUGCCGAUGAGAGCGAUACCAAAGUUGUAGGUUUAGAGCCUGAGAUGUAUAAGUACGUUUUGAGUAAAUAUGGUAAAGAUAAUGAGACUAAAGACGAUUGCGAGUUGAAAAAUUUGAGAAUUGUGCCUGCGCCCGAUUGUUUCGACGAAUUGGACGUUUCUAAAGCUUUGCAAACUAGUAGCCGUCUAUUAUUUCCGAAAGUUGCGAAAAAAUCGAAAUUGGAUGACUUGUUGGGGAGACGCACUCAGUUGAAAACACUGGAGGAGCAUAAAAUAUCGCAAACGAAAAGCGAGGACAAUCAGAAAGAGGACGAGACGGUUGAUGUUGAAGGAGACGACAAUGAUAACGAUUCAACCUUAGGUUUAGAUAAGCAAUUGAAUAAUAUGUUAGUCGGCAAAGUCACGUUACCAAAUAACACGCCACAAACGAGCGCCAAUCGUGAAGUACUCAAUUCGAUAGCUAAAAAAAUACAUUCGUUGCGUUUGCAAUACACGGCGAUUUCGAAGUUGGCGAAAGAUUUUCAAUGUUACUCGAAAGGUUGUAAUUCGAGCGGUAGUACCAACAUUGAGACAAAUUGCUACUCACCGUUGUGUAUGCAAAGGAUUAAAGUACGACGCGAAUUGUUGGCGCUUUUGCGUAAAGCGAAUUUGGCAACGAAUUCGAAUGCCAUGAAAUUGACAAGUUCGCCGGUUCCAACGAAUAAGAAACCGUCGAUUUUGGAGCAGACGUUAAAAGCACCACAGCAAACACCAAUCAAGGAGAUACCAAGCGAGUUUGUGAGUCUUUUCAAGUCUGCGGCGAAUUACGUCGACGAAAUGGACGGUGUCUGCGUUCCGGGAGUUCCAGUUGUUAAAAAGGACGAAAUCAAGGAGGAAAUUGACGAAAAGAAAGAGGCGAAGAAGGUGGAAAGUGGCGUCGAUAUUGUUACUUCGGUUGAAAAUGACAGUUUUGAGGAAAGUCCUCCAAGGAAGAAGUUUAAGUCGGAGGAGAGCGACGUCGAUAUGGAUGAUAUGACAACCGAUGAUAUCAACGAAAUGAUAGUGGGAGCUAAAACCCCCGUGGACAAGAAGAGUAUAACUAUAACGACCACCACAACGGCUACAGUCACCACACAACAGACUAUCGUAGAUGGGGUUGUUAAAAGUGUGUCGGCUAGUGAGAGUACCUCCGAUACUGUUACAGUUUCCUCGAGUGUUAACGGAAGUACAAUCCAGACAAUGAAUGCCAAGACAUCGGUAUACAGCGCCCAACAAAAUCGCCGCUUUUGCGCCUUUAAAAACAUGGUCAAACGGGAGGAGAAAACCGUCAAGACCGAACACGCAGAAGACGGUACCGAACGAAUCUACAGUACCGUAUCAACCGAAGGUAAAAUUUACCUCAAUCGGGUACCCAACCACGUGGAAACCAAGCGCAAGAAGCGCCAAGUAAUCAAAUACCCUGUGUGUUCGACUUAUCGCACGAAAAAAUGCAAAAGCUCGCUCUUGGUACUACCACAGCACGAGGUGCGAAAACUAGCGCGCCAUGCGGGUCGUAUCCACAUUAACGGAUACCAUGCGUUAGCCAAACCCAACAAUAGUGUAUGGCCAUACCCUUGUGCCCGUCCAUUGUUUAAAACUUGCUGGGUUUAUCGGACCGGAAUCGUUAGAUCAUUGGCCGCUGUAGCGCUACAGUUGCGGAUCUUGUGGUCAUGUUUGAGGUGGGAUGACAUGCAGACGAAGCCUCCGAAUACCGAAGGCAAGCACCAGGUGACCACCGAAACCGAGAUUUUGUCGUUGGAGUUGUUGAAACAUCGACAUGUGGGCCAGUUUUUGGAAAAGACGCAGUAUUUGCGCCGGAAGGUUGUUAUACCCUUGGAGUUGCCCAAAACAGUCAGAGAAGUUACGUCGAUUCGUAGCGGUUUGCGCAAACGUAAGCGUCCGGAGUCGCCCCAAAGCACCGACCCCCAGGUUAGCGAGGAGUGGGUGGACGAGGAUAAAUUGGAGCUUUGGGAGAUCAAGCAGUACGGCGAAAGGAUAGAGAAGGCUAAUGCACAAGUUAUAACUAGGAGUCGGACUGGAAAUCUGCCGCCGGCGAAAGCCGUCGUCGAUUCAAGCGAGUUGAAUAAAGUGACAGUUUCGGGUAAAGCAAGUGCUGAGGAGAUUAAAGAAAAGAUGGAGCAACAGUUGAGAAUACAACGCGCCGCACAUCAACAGAAGCGGGCGUUGGAGAUCAGGAAUUCGCCGGGGCAGAUAAUCAAAAUGGUCGGAAGUACUGCACAAGCUGCCACUACUACAACUACAAAACCGAGCACCACAAACACUCCAAUACAACCGAAAGUGACGACAACGCCGGAUGGACAAAUGAAGAUUGUGAAAAAUAUAGCCAAUCAAGCCGUCGUUAGUGGUAAAACAACAUUGACUUCUUUAUUGACGUCAAAUAGUAAUAAACUAGUCGGUCGUCGGUUGCUGAUGACUAAAGCAGCUGAUGGGACGACACGAGUCGUCGCCAAUGCAGCCAGUAUCUUGCCCAAAAAUAUACAGAAUACUCAACAAUCGCUUAUUAAAGUUCAAACAACCGGAGCUCAGUCAACUCUGCAGACGGUUCAGAUUCAGCAGCCUGUCACCAGCACAUCGACGCCGGUCAAACAGACCGAGACCCCACAAAGGGUGCAAAUAAUGCGAACGCCUGACGGUCGCAUUACCGUGAAAGGUCUCUUACCCGGUCAACAAUUGGUCCAAUACCCGGAUGGUAAACUCCAAGUGAUGACCAGUGCCCAAUUACAACAAUCUGGAUUAACCGUUAAAACACCAACACCUACUCAAACACCCGCCAAAUCAACGAUUAAACCGUCAACGAAUACUCCCGUAGGUAAGAUGGUUGUUCAGGGAAAUCAACUGAAACCGGCUAAUCAACAACAAACUGCGAGUCCGGUUAAAACGCAACAAGUCAUCGUUAAAACACCCGGAACUCCGGUCGUUCAAAAAGUUGGCACUCCAAAUACGGUCGUAGUAAGCGGCGGUCAAGUCAUACAACAGCAAGUUGUUAUUAGCGGAAAUCAAGUUAUCGGCACACCGUCUGGUCAACAGGUUAUAACGAAUCAGAUUGUGGUUAACAAUCAGAGUUUGGCUCAACAGAUCGCUUCCGGUAAAGUACAAAUGGCGACGAUAAACGGCCAGCAAGUUUUAAUCCGGCCAACCGGAAACAAUCAAGCUCAAGUCGUAGCUCAGUUGACUCCGGGUAGCUUGACUCAGUUAAAUUCAGGCCAGACUGUAGCCACACCAAUCAAGCAAGCCGUAUCACAACAGCAAACAACUGAGACUAAAACACCACAAACUACGGCUAAGACUCCGGUGGCGCGCGAUAAUGCAAAUCAGACCGAUCAAGCAACCAUUGAACAACUCUUAGUGGGACAACCGCCCGGAACUGUUAUCAAAUGUGUAACAGCACAGGUGAUACAAACUGACUACGGGCCGAGGAUAGUUUUGCAGGGGUUGCAAGGGGCCGAUUUUACGGCCCAGCAGUUGGCAGCAGUGCAGCAGCAAGUCAAGCAACAACUGCUAAAGGCGCAAGCUUCAACCGGGAAGCAGGGUGUUUUGGGACCGACUAAGAUCUAUCUUGCCGUGCAGCCGAGCAAUUCCGAAGGACAAUCCGAGGGUGUUUCGAGUCAACCGCCUCCGCUAGCUCCCGUCCAGCAGUCUGUCGUACAGUCGGCGGCGACUCCAGCCAAAGGACAACAAUCGAACAUCGUCAAACAGACUGUUUCAACAGUACAGCAGGUAUGCAACGUAACCCCCAAGCCCAAGGUGAUAGUGCAACCUGCUAAUCAGACGAACGAAAAUGUGACAACUUCGGGUCGUCAAGUGCUUGUCAAUGGGCAGCAGUCGCAAACUUCUGCUCUGCUUCAAGCCAUGAAAGCGAAUAUGGAGUCUAAUCAGAGUGUCACAACGUCGCCACAGCAGCAACAAACCGCUUCUAGUGAUCAGAAUAAGCAGUUUGUCGUCACGCCUGACUAUAUACAACAAACUAUUAAAACUGCACUUAAACAAGAAAACCUUAAUCCCGAGAUCGAAGAGAAACUGUUGCAACUCCAACGAUAUCAAGAGAAACAAAUGAAGCAAGAACCGGACAUUCCCACGCCAGUAGCCAAAGUUAACACUCCAUUACCGGUCAGUAACACGCGCUUUAACGUUUCGCGCAAACGGACCCCGAGUGCCAGCAGAAACGACGACAGCGACUGGGUCAUGGAGACGCCGAAGCGCUCGAGGCCCAACAGAAACAGCGAAAUUAAAAAAAUUGACGAUAUACAUGAAUCCAGCAAGGAGAAAUUAAUUUCGCCCCGCGCCCGCGUAAAAUUAAAAGAGGCGGCUGAACCCGAUCGAAAAGUAACCCAAAGAACAAAAAUAUUGGUCAGUUUAUAUCGCCAGAAGGAAUUUCUCAAGAAAGACAUUUUACGAAAGCGGGCCUUACUUGAAAAGGAAUUACAAUACGAGAUUCAGAAAGAAGUAGCAGAGGAAUUAGCUGCCCGGACAAAGAUCGAACGAACCAAACAAGAUGAGGUUCGCACUGGUAGCAGUAAACGAAAAUCGGCAGCGACGGCCACCACGGCGGUCAUCCCUCAAGCCUCCAAAACUGCUCGUCACAAGAAGGGCCAAAAACAGACUCAUGCCGUCCCAUCGACGGCGGCACAAAGAAGUGGCAUUAAAAAGGAAAAAUUGUAUUGCGUUUGUCGGACGCCGUACGACGAGACGAAGUUUUACGUCGGUUGCGAUUUGUGUAAUAAUUGGUUCCACGGGGAUUGUGUGGGAAUCACCGAAGAGAGUAGUCGAACGCUGACUGAGUUUGUCUGUGAGGAGUGCAAGCAGGCCAAAGAUACGGAAAAAUUGUACUGUUUGUGUCAGCAGCCAUACGACGACUCACAGUUUUAUAUCUGUUGCGACCGGUGUCAGGAUUGGUUCCAUGGCCGCUGUGUGGGGAUUUUGCAGUCGGAAGCCGAUAAUAUCGACGAGUAUGUGUGUCCAAGGUGUCAGAGGAAUUCGUCGGUGAAUUUCGCAAAUAUGAAGGAUUUGUCGCAGAAGGACUUUGAGGCGUUGAAAAAACUAAUCAAACAAUUACAGGCUCAUAAAAGCGCUUGGCCGUUCAUGGAGCCGGUGGAUCCGACUGAAGCUCCCGAUUAUUACAAGGUGAUUAAGGAGCCAAUGGACCUCCAAAAAAUUGAGAAUAAAAUCAAUGAUCAAAGUUACACAAAGUUGAGUGAGUUUAUAGGGGACAUGACGAAAAUAUUCGAUAACUGUCGAUACUACAAUCCAAAGGAAUCUCCGUUCUUCAAGUGUGCAGAGUCUUUAGAAGCUUAUUUUGUGAAUAAGAUAAAAUGCUUAAGAGAUAAAUUUAUGGAGACCAACAAAUGAUUCGUUUCUUAAAUGAGCUUUUUUAAUUUUAGGCAAUAAGUGCGUACACGGGAUUUCAAGUUGAUUGGUAAUAGAUCUCAGCGUAGGAAUUGUGUGACCAACUUGAAAUCUUGACUUUUUUGUAUAUAAGUUGUGAAUAUAUGUACGAAUGCGAUUUAAGUUAGAUUUAAAUAGUUACGACAUAUUUUUAAAAGCUCUGUAUUAUUUAUAUUUAAAUUAAUAAACUUGUUUAAGUUUUUUAAAUUAUUUUCGGAGUUCAUGAUGUAGUGUAUUUAUAUAAAACGUGGAUAUAUAAAGCAUCUAUUCAGAUAUAGUUAGUGCCAUUGUAGAUAUUGUGUUAUUUAACAGAGUCUUCUUAUGUUUGCACAUAUGAAAUUUUUAUAUUUGGUCGGUAUUAUAUCGACUUGUAACAGUAAAUAUAAUAUUUACAUUAA